AUGAUUAGAACCAGCAUUCGUCGCUUGACUAUAAGCAGAAAUCACGAUAUCAAGCUUCCAUUCGUGCCUUUGGUAUCAGAGAACGGUUUCCCACAGGCAAUUGGGAACACACCGCUUCUCAGGUUACCCAGGAUCUCCGACAAGAUCGGAAGAAAUGUUUACGCCAAAGCUGAAUUUAUGAACCCAGGAGGAUCAAUUAAGGACAGGGCUGCAUUGUAUGUUAUUAACGAUGCUGAAGAGAAGGGUUUGAUCAAACCUGGUGGAACCAUUGUGGAAGGUACUGCUGGUAAUACGGGGAUCGGGUUGGCCCAUGUAUGCAGAGCUAAAGGCUAUAAGUGUGUGAUCUACAUGCCGAACACCCAAUCUAAGAAUAAGAUUGAAACUUUGAGGUUAUUGGGGGCCACCGUACACCCAGUUCCAGCGGUUGCAUUUGACAAUCCAGAAAAUUAUAACCACCAGGCUAAGAGGUUCGCUGAAUCUCAAGAAAAUGCCGCCUGGACCAACCAAUUCGAUAAUGUUGCCAACAGACAGGCACAUAUUGAAACAACUGGGCCAGAAAUCUGGUCUCAAUUGAACGGUAAAGUGGAUGCUUUCACCUGUUCCACUGGUACAGGGGGGACUUUUGCUGGUGUAACCAGAUAUUUGAAGGAAAUCUCCAACGGGGCAACCAAAUGUGUCUUAGCUGAUCCACCAGGAUCCGUCUUGUAUUCUUACAUCAAGUCUAAUGGAGAAACGAUGGAAAGAGGUGGCUCUUCCUUCACUGAAGGUAUUGGUCAAGGUAGAGUUACCGAUAACUUGAAACAAGAAAUCCCAUUGGUAGACGAUGCUUUAAAAAUCACCGAUGAGGAAUCAAUUGAAAUGUUGUACCGUUUAUUAGAUGAAGAGGGAUUAUACAUCGGUGGUACUGGUGCUUUGAACGUUGUCGCUGCUGUCAAAGUAGCCCAAUCUUUACCAGAAGGCUCGAAUGUCGUUACUUUGUUAGCUGAUUCAGCUCACAAAUAUAGUGAUCGUAUCUUCUCUAAAAGCUGGUUACAAUCAAAGGGUUUAUUUGACGCUUUACCUUCUCAUUUGAAGAAGUACGCUACCCUCGAAUGA